AGUCCUGUUUGUAUUUUCAUGCGUGUCGGUUCCUCCUGUUCAAUGUCCUCCUCUCACCCCUCCAAUUCCUUAUCCUUGCUCCCACCGCCACCAGGCCUGGAUCACAACUUCACCAUCACAAUUUUUAGGCUGAACCUGAAUCUAAAGUAUUAUGAACAUGGAGGCCGAUAAGGAAAACUCGUGCUACCACCAAACCAGUUUCUUAGACGAAAAAGGGAAGCUUAGAACCGUGAAGAUCCCUGUGGUUCAAGAACUAGCUCGCCAAGGACUCCAACACUUGCCUGAGAGGUUCAAGAGGCCAGACUUCCCAUGUGCCCACCAUGUGUUCGAGGAAAUUCCCACAGUAAACUUAGCCACGCUGAAGGAAGGGUCCGGGUCCGUGGUUCGAGCAGAGGAGCUAGCCAAGUUAACCGAUGCUGCGAGGGGUUUGGGUUUGUUUCUGAUUGUGGAUCAUGGGAUUCCCUUGGAAGUUGUGGAUGGUGCUAAGGAUGUGGUGAGACGCUUCUUUGACCUGUCUUUCUCGGAGAAGAAAGCUUGUGUAGGAACUUACGGUGACAUAGAUAAUAUGGGAUAUGGCAGAAAUUUUGUCAAGUCAGAAGAGGCUUUGGAUUGGACCGAUCGAUUGACUUUAAGAGCAGUUCCUUCUAUUGGACAUGAUGAGGGACUUCAUGUUUGGCCCCUUAAACCAACCAAUUUCAGGGAAGCCAUGGAAAGAUAUGUUGGAGAAGCAAGAGGUGUGAUGGACUACUUGCUUGUGGCUUUGGCAGAGGCUUUAUCUAUUGAAAGCCAUGAUGUUUUCCUCAAGUACUUCCAUCCCACAGACAGUGAGAUCAAAGUGAGAGUGAACUACUACCCACCAUGCCCUAGACCAGACCUAGCCAUUGGUAUCAACCAGCAUUCUGACGCUAGUGCCCUCACAAUCCUAGCUCAAUUUGGCUCCAGCCAGGGCCUCCAAGUCCUCAAUAAGGACCAGACCUGGCUCACUGUCUCAUGGCCACAAGACCAGCUGCUAGUGGUCACUGGAGACUUGCUUGAGAUCAUGAGCAAUGGGCUUGUCCAUAGCACAUGGCAUAGGGCUAUUACCCAUAGGGAUGUAGAACGUGGGUCCAUUGCUUUGUUCUAUACCCCUCCACCAAGAACCUUAAUUGAGCCUGUGGCUACUGAGGAAGAAACCUACAGGAAGGUGGUUGUGGAGGACUAUUUGAGACAUUACUAUAAGGUUACUCCAACCAGGGAAAAAUUAGCUAUCAACUUUGCUAAGCUACAUAAAUAAGCCCAGCUGGCUCAACUGUUCUGACAGAUGAUUGAUCUAACUGUUUAUCAGAAUUGUACUGUUUUCCAAGCCGAGUUUACACGUGUGUGACCUUUACCUAGGGACAAUUACCAACCUUCAUUAGAAUAUGUGCACAGGCACGAGAAAGCUGGCCUUUUUAAGGUUUCUGUGAAAUAUUAAGCACAGGAUUACAGACGCAUAUCGCUCUGAUCUGUUGCUUUCUUUUGAGAUUUGAUAUUAUUAAUCAAUUACUAAUCAUGCUGACAA